GCAGAGAGAAAACAAAAGGAUAAAAACAUUUAAAAAUAGUGAUAUGAAAUCAGUUUUAACGAAUAUUUUUAUGUCUGAGAAAUGAAGUUCCUCUAAUGUUUAAUCCGUUUGUUCAUCAGAUAUUUUAAGAACUUGCAUAAAUCUUCGUUAGAGGUACCCUUAUAAUUUUAUUCUACCACUAUGUCAUCUAGGCAGAUCAGAAAGUAUAUCAUCUACGGAAUUGUGUUAUCAUGCAUAUUUAUCAUUACAUACAUGUAUUUCCGUGGAAAUGACGACGAAGAAGACUAUUUGGAGUAUAUCACGUUAAAAAUUUCGAACAAAAAUCACGAGAUUCUUCCCGAAAAAUACAAAGACAAAAAGCUUCCCUUCCACCAAGUUUACGAAUCUAGGCAAGUCAAUUUCGAACAAUAUAAGAUAAUACCAAUAAAUAAUCAAUCCAGAAGUAAAUUAUUAUUGUUAUGGACUCCGUGGAACGGAAUCAAGAAAACUAUAAAUUAUUAUUCACUGCAGAAUGGUCAGUUUUCUUUUAUCAAAUAUGGCUGUCCUAAUGUUAAAUGCCACGUUACAUCAGACAGAAAAAGAAUAAGAAAAGCAGAUGCUAUACUUUUCCAUCUUUUGGAUACUAAGCUUUAUGAUAUGCCGAAGUACAGACAUCCAGACCAGCGCUGGAUUGCCUAUAAUUUGGAAGCACCGUGGUUGAUACACGAAAAUCUAACAGCCAUGGAAGGGAUCUUCAACUGGACUAUGAAUUACAGAAGCGAUUCAGAUAUUAUAGUCAAGUAUGGAUUCAUUGGUAAGACGGAUACGAAAUACGAUUUCCGCGCGGAAUUAUCCGGAAGGAAACCUGUCAUCUGGUUUUCUAGCGACUGUAAGACAGACGGACGUCGAGAAGAUUAUGUUAAAGAACUUUCUCGCCAUAUACAGAUAGACGUGUACGGAAAAUGUGGAAAUAAAACAUGUUUCCCUUCCCAAUCCGAAUACUGCUAUCAGAAACUACUAAAAAAUUAUGUAUUUUAUCUAUCUUUUGAAAAUUCUAUCUGUAAAGAUUACGUCACGGAGAAGUUUUUCAACGUUUUCAAUUAUCAGAUUAUUCCGGUGGUGUUUGGAGGCGCGGAUUAUACGAAUGUGGCACCGGCCGGCUCCUUUAUUGAUACUAAGAAUUUUCCCAAUCCACGAGAUUUGGCGACUUACAUGAAGAAGAUUAUGAACGGUUCCACUGCUUUAGCCGAAUAUUUUCAGUGGAAAAAACAGUUUAAAUCGUAUUUAUAUCCUUGGACUUGUUAUCUUUGUGAUAAAUUGCACGAACCCGUUACUUCCAGCAUUCGUCAUAAUUUCAAAAAGUGGUGGAUGGAUGAUGCGGAUUGCCAUCGAUGGAUACCGGAUAAAGGAUUUGUAAAGAUUGAAUGAAUAUGUUAAAUUUGCUAAAUCCUUUAUGAAAUUUCCUCUAAUCUUACAAAUUUUAAUGCUGUUUUGAAGUAUUUAUUGUAAAAAUUGUUAAUUGUUUACUAUGAAAUAAAGUCUAUGGAAAACUUACGUUCUUUCCCUCUUCUUCGAUGGUGUUUUAUAUGGAGAUUUUAGCUCAAUGUAGGCUCUUUCUCCGAGUAGACAUGGAUAUGUGUAUGAUCGCUAGGCGACCGAUUAGCCGGCUGUAUCAAACAGCCAUACGUACGCGCGGGAAAUAAAUGCCUUCCGGGAGGACUUUUAUGGGGAACUGGCCUCCUAUUCAGUCGUUAUAGGCAAGGAGAAAACCCGGAAAACUCCAAGCAGCCA